AUGACUUCAACACUUUCGUUGCCCCGCACCAUGCUCCGUAACUUUGCGGAGCAAGUCUCCAAGAACCCCAUCGAGGUGGUGGUGACGAUGUUCAUCGUGGUCACUUUGGCCUAUUUUCAGCUCUUGCACGCCAUCUCCACCAGCAACUUUUUCGAGCCUCUGAACAGGGAGGCAGCCGGCUUGGCUGCUGCUUCAGGUUGGGCCUCGAUACCCUCAGAACCUCUCAACACCGUACACAGCGCUCUGGAAGAGCAUAGCCAGACUGUCUUCAUUCGACGCGCUGGAAUGGGCAAGCAAUGGGAACCCCUCAGCGCUUCUACUGGCACAGUGAUCGACGAGCCGGCAUCAAACGCUACCUACUCCAUCGAGCCAAUUCUAGUCGUCGACUCUGAGCGUGGCGGAGACAGCAGCGCGACUAGGCAUCUGAGAGAUACGGGCUUACCUCGCGUUGCGGACGAAGUGGAGCGCAAGCUGCUGGCAGGCGACAAGAAGAUUUCGGUAUUCAAAGUGUGCGAUAAAGAAGCCGACUUGACGGUAUUCGCCCUUGGACGUAUUAGCCAUGCUGAUGCUGGAUCCCAAGCCGACGCGCUGAGGCACAAAGCUCUUCUCGAAGCGUCAGAGGAUGAGACGGUGAUUGCAGAGAUUCUGCAGGCUGGCCAGAGCGCUCUUGAUGCUGUUGCGCCGGUCAUCAGACCCACUUCCGAUGACGAAGCAGCGCCCUUGGGACCGCAACUCGUCUUGCUGCCCACCCUGUCUGGCGCGGACGAGAGGCUGGUUGGUCUCGAUGCGAGGAGGAGGGGCUCAGCUACCACGCAAGAACUUCGAAGCUUGCGGUGGGCGGCAUACACCGUGCGCGCCCUCGUCGUUCGCUUUUGGGCUUUGCUGAGGAAGGCAGACUCGGCGGACAUCUUCGUCAUGCUCUUGGCGUACGUGCUUAUGCACGGCACUUUCAUCAACCUGUUCCUGUCCAUGCGCAAAUUCGGUAGCCGAUUCUGGCUUGGCGCCUCUGUCUUGACGUCAUCGAUCUUCGGCUUCCUGUGCGCCUUGACAAUGGCAUCGGCGCUCGGUGUUGUGGUCGAUCCUGUAUGCCUCUCCGAAGCGUUGCCCUUCCUCGUCGUGAUCGUCGGCUUCGAAAAGCCAUUCCUCUUGACUCGCGCAGUCUUUUCGCACCCUUCUUUCGCCCCCGCAACCCAGCCAGCAUCGAAAUCAAAUAGCGACGCCUUCCUAUCAGCGCUGAAUGACGCUCAGCCCGCAAGUGACAGGGACGCACAGGAGGGCAAGGAGGCACGCGAGUUGACGUCAAAGCCAGCGGUGUCUCCGGAGGAAUCUUUCGUGCGCGCGCUGACGCUGCGACUCAAGUCGGACUCAUCUUUGCGGUGGGACGCGCCGCAACCAAUGUCGGCUCCAGAUUUGGUGGUCGAGGCGGUCGACCAAGUGGGCCCUACCAUCGUGCGCGACUAUCUCAUCGAAGUCGGUGUUCUCACAGUCGGUGCAACAAGCGGUGUCAGCGGCUUGCGCGAAUUCUGCCAGCUCGCAGCCCUGAUACUGUCUUUCGACUGCGUCUUCCUCUUUGCCUUUUACCUCUCCAUUCUCACCAUCAUGGUUGAAGUGCACAGGAUCAAGAUCAUGCGUGGCUUGCGUCGACCCAGACCUGCUACCCCUCCGAAUGUGGACUCGGACGUGCCGACAGGCAUGUCGAAUGCGAGAGCAGAGCCUAAUCAGGAAGACGAUGACGAAGAAGAUGGCUCAUCCACUCCUGGAGCCUCAGGAGAAUCUCCCGUAGAGCCCGGAUCGAGGUCAGCAAAGUCAAAGCCAGGGCGGCCUCUCUGGAAGCGCAUCUUCAAAACGGUCCUCGGUACUGUCCCGUUCGAGCACAAUCGACAAGAACGCCAGAAUCCCGUGGCACGGCUGAAGGUGCUCUUGAUCACAGCUUUCAUUACCUUGCACUCAUUCAAUCUGGUCUCGACGCUGACCACUCAGUCCGCGAUCACUCGCCAUCACGCCAUCGACUCCUCCUCUCUACAUCGACACUUUUCCGAGUACAGCAAUGUGUUUGACCUUCGGGCGGACUCGCCAGUGCUUUCGAAAUUCCUGUCCAAGUUGGACAGCAGUGAGCCCGCCUCGGCGAACCUCAUCGCACGCGUCUCGGACCCGCUCAUCUAUGUGCUGGUAGACGGCGCUCCUGCCGCCGCUGCCUCGCGCACCGCUCUUGCAAGUGCUGCUCUAAAUGCAUCUGGCGGAGGCGGCCUUCCUCCGACAUCCUCCACCAUCGGCAGCUCGGUAGGUGGAGGUGCUGGUGCCAACACGGGGGGCCGAGGCGCGUCCUCACUCGCCGUGCUUGAUAGCUUCAUGACUGGAUGGACCUUCAUUGUCGGGGACCCAAUCAUUAGCAAGUGGAUGUCGCUGGCACUGGCUAUCAGCAUUUUCCUGAACGCAUACCUCUUGAAAGGCAUCGCGUCUGGCGACGCUGCUGUGGCAGAGGGCAAUGCGACAGGCGCGGCGGCUUUUGCUGCGGCACGCAUGAUUGGUGCUCAUCUAGACAGGGAACGCAAAAAUAGCGGCAAGAGCACCAAGCAGGUAUUGCACAAACCCCGAUCAGAGCUGGACGCGUACAAUAGACGCAUUGCGGAUAUUUCGGCUGCAGAGCGCUCCAAGUCGAAGCUGUCCCAGGUCAGCGAGGGCAAGCCAGGUUCCCACACUAAUGCGAUACCAGCCUCUGCGAUCACUAGCGACGCUGGCGAUGCUGUGCGCAAGGUCAAACAAUCCGGCAAGGUGCCGUCGAUCUCUACAGACCAGCCCACUAGCGAUGGUGACAACACGCCCCAGCUCGGCCAUGCCGCUCUGGUCGAUGAGUCUGGCGAUCGCGUGAUUCGUCCCUUUGAGGAGUGCCUCGACCUAUUCGCUGGUGGCGCUGGCGUCUUCCUACUGAGCGACGAAGAGGUCAUCCUUCUGGCGCAAAAGGGCAAGAUUGCAGCUUAUGCUCUCGAAAAAGUGCUGCAGGACAACAAUCGCGCGGUGCGAGUCCGUCGGGCACUCAUUUCCCGCGCCUCCGCCACCAAAACCCUGGAAAGCUCGCUCUUGCCCCACCUCGACUACGACUACGCUCAAGUGAUGGGCGCAUGCUGCGAGAAUGUGGUGGGGUACCUGCCCCUACCAGUCGGUAUUGCGGGGCCCUUGAACAUUGACGGCCAACAGGUGCCGCUUCCGAUGGCCACUACCGAAGGAACCCUUGUCGCCUCGACUUCCAGAGGUUGCAAAGCUCUUAACGCCGGUGGAGGCGUAACGACCGUGCUGACUCAGGAUGCAAUGACGAGGGGCCCCGCUCUAGACUUCCCCAGCAUUACUGCAGCAGCUAGAGCGAAACGCUGGGUCGACAGCACAGACGGAGCGGCGAUUCUGAAGGCAGCAUUCGACUCGACUUCGCGCUAUGCUCGCUUGUCCUCCUUGCACUCUGUCCUUGCCGGCCGGACACUCUACGUGCGAUUCGCCACCUCGACGGGUGAUGCGAUGGGUAUGAAUAUGAUCGGAAAAGGCGUUGAGCAGGCGCUGAGCGUCAUGAAGAGCAGGCAUUUCCCGGAGAUGCUCAUCCUGUCCCUGUCGGGCAACUACUGCAUCGACAAGAAGCCAGCAGCCAUCAACUUUAUCAUGGGUCGCGGCAAGAGCGUCGUUGCCGAGGCGACUAUUCCUGGCGACGUGGUCAAGAAUGUCCUCAAGACUACAGUGGCCGCCUUGGUGGAUCUGAACGUGAAGAAGAACCUGGUCGGGAGCGCAAUGGCGGGGGCCAUUGGAGGUUUCAAUGCGCACGCCGCCAACAUUCUCACCUCUAUCUUCAUCGCAACCGGACAAGAUCCGGCGCAGAAUGUGGAAAGCUCCAUGUGCAUGACGCUGAUGGAAGCCAUCAACGAUGGCAAGGAUCUGCUGGUGACAUGCUCGAUGCCCAGCAUCGAAGUUGGAACAGUGGGAGGAGGCACAGCGCUAUCGCCUCAAAGAUCCAUGUUGAAUCUUUUGGGCGUGGCAGGCGCGCACCCAACCACCCCCGGAGCUAACGCUCAAAGGCUGGCACGAAUCAUCUGCGCAGCUGUCAUGGCGGGCGAACUUAGCCUGAUGGGCGCCCUGUCCGCGGGUCACCUGAUCAGAGCGCACAUGCAGCACAAUCGCUCUGCUCCUCCCACUCCUGGCGCUCAAACGCCGAGGUUGCAAAUCCCCCAACCUAGCUUUGGAGCCAUGACCCCAUUAGUCGCUCCGCCCGUCGAAAGCACUAGGGGAUCUCCAACAGGCAGCGUGAGGGAACGAAGAGCCGCAUCGACCGGCUAG